AGAGUGGUUGCAGGAAAUGACAAACUGGAGGGAGCAGAGCUGAAUGGUUAGAGCAUGCUGAAGUAAUCAUCUGCACUGUAUGUAAUCCAAAAUACUGAUGCCAUUAGCGCGUGCAGCUGUACAGUUGUGCUUUAACUAGCAACGAAAGGGUUGCACGGUCAACAGCACAAGGAUCUCAACAUUUCAAAUCGUAAAAAAAAGGAAGAAAAGGAUUGCAUCCGACCGAUUCAUAGAGGAAUAAAAAUAAAUAGUAUUCAUGUUUUUAACGUCUUAAUUGCAAAGUCCACGUAGUCUAUACGCUGCUAGAUCGGUGGACUUGGUACUGUAUCUGGCUUUUUGGAAGGGGUGCCUUUUUAGUGGUCGGAUCCCCUUGAAUAUAUUUUUCUUUAUUACAAAAAAAACACCCUCUGUAUAUUUUCCUCAUGAAAAAUAAUCUUUGGAGCAGCUCCCGGGACAUGAACAUGAUGAUGCCGAGCAAAAGCGUGGAAUGGCUGCAGGAGGAGCUGGAGUCCGGGGAGAGCUCGCUGCUCCUGCUGGAUUGCCGGAGCCACGAGCUUUUUGAAUCGUCUCAUAUAGAGACAGCCAUCAACCUGGCCAUCCCGGGACUCAUGCUCCGGAGGCUCAAGAAGGGGAACCUGCCUAUCCGCUCCAUCAUUCCCAACAACGAGGAUAAGGAGAAGUUUGUGAAACGGUGCAAGACUGAUACAGUGGUGCUAUAUGACGAGGCCACGUCUGACUGGCAGGAGAAUGGAGCUGCUACCUCCGUAUUGGGGCUUCUCUUGCAGAAACUCCGGGAUGACGGGUGCGAGGCUUAUUACUUGGACGGUGGAUUUAAUAAGUUUCAGUCAGAGUACUCUGAGCACUGCGAGACCAGUCUGGACACCUCUUGUCCCAGCAGCUCUCCCCCCAUGCCUGUGCUGGGUCUGGGAGGACUGCGGAUAAGUUCAGAUUGCUCUGACGGGGAGUCAGAUCGGGAGCCCAGCAGUGCCACUGAGUCAGAGGGAAGCCCAUUGCCCAGCAACCAGCCGGCCUUCCCAGUUGAGAUCCUCCCAUACCUUUACCUGGGCUGUGCCAAAGACUCCACCAACCUUGACGUGCUGGGCAAGUACGACAUAAAGUACAUCCUGAAUGUGACACCCAACCUACCCAACAUGUUUGAACACGACGGCGAAUUCAAGUACAAACAGAUCCCAAUCUCUGAUCACUGGAGUCAAAACCUUUCUCAGUUCUUCCCAGAGGCCAUCUCUUUCAUUGAUGAGGCUCGUACACAGAAGUGUGGGAUCCUGGUACACUGCCUUGCAGGGAUCAGCCGCUCGGUGACUGUCACCGUGGCUUACUUGAUGCAGAAGCUGAACCUCUCCCUGAACGACGCCUACGACUUUGUCAAGCGGAAAAAGUCCAACAUCUCACCUAACUUUAAUUUCAUGGGCCAACUCUUGGACUUUGAGCGGACUCUGGGGCUGAAUAGUCCCUGCGACAACCGGACGCCCAGUGACCAGCUCUACUUCACUACACCGACCAAUCACAAUGUAUUCCAGCUGGACACUCUGGAGUCCACAUGAAGGUGGGAGGCUGGCUAGGUGCCUGAAUGUUUCUCAUCUCCUUAAGUAUUUCAAACCUCUUACCAGGUGAUCUUGGUAUGUACUACAGGUUGGAGCAGCUAGAUACCUCUGCCUGCUGCUUGGAGGGCUUUACCUGCAAAGCCCUGAUGCUACUUGAGAUGAUUAAGAAAUGGCUUCUCUUGACUUUUGACUGGGUUAUUGUUAAAAUAUAUAUAUUAAACUGAAGUAUGCUAUCCAAAGCUGCUUCAAAGACUGCUUACCUGAGAGCAGUGGACUGUUUCAAAGGGAGAGGUGGAGAGAGCCACAGCGCAAGUUAACUUAUUACCUAUCAGAGAGACUUACGCACUUGACCUCACGAAACGGAUGGUGCCAACGCAGUAGUGUCCGGUUGGAGCGUACUGCUUUUUGAGGUAAUCUCACUCUACUGAAUGUAGGGUCUGGACUUGAUCUAACACAAUUGUAGACUGUUUGUUUAAAAGAAAAACAAAAUCCUAGAUUGUAACUAAAGAAAAGAAAGAAAGAACUUUGUGAAAAUCUGAUUGUUUGUUUUUUCUAUGUUUGCAUUGACCUAAUGCAGUUUGCACAGUUGUGAAGCAUUUCACAUCUUGGCACUUAAGCUGGUACUCCACAAAGAUAAAGAGACACUCGCUUGUUCUCCUGCCUGCCAGUUCAAGGCUGCGAUCGCCCCUUGCAGCUGGAGUGUCCAAGACCAGGCUGGACUGGGAGAGGCGGAUGCACUUACUUCAAAGCUCAUUGUUCCUUCACUGCUUAGGAAAGAUGGACCGCUCCAAACCCCUGCUUCCUUAAAGAAAGUAUGGUUAUGGGUUGCCUCAUCAUGCACAGAGACCAUUGAGCUCUGAUUGGAUAUCAUUCAGCUGCCUGUGCUUGAAGUUGAGAGGAGGGUGAAGGGCAGGGUGUGGGUGAGUGAUGCAGCUCGCCAGUUUUGUUCAGAACAACAAGGGCGUUUUUUUUUUUUGUUUUUUUUUUAAACUACUGUUGCUGCUGCUACUCCAAGGCCCAGACUUUGCAAUGAGGAAGUGGAAGACCUUAAUUGAGCUGCCAACAGAAAAAAAAGAAAGAGAGGGGAUUCUUCCAGGAACUGGGAGACACCAGGGUCUGUUCAAUCAAAGGGUUCUCUACAGAGAAGGGACUGUUGCUUUAGGCUGGCCUUAUUACCUAUUUUAGAAUGUUCUUAUGCUGACUAUUCAACAUAAUAUUUGUAUUUCAAUAAUAAUAAUAAAAACAUUACGCUUGAACAUUUUAUAAACAAUGUCAACGGUGCCCACAAAUUUGUCUGUAAUGGGUCUGAAACUGUUGUUUUUCUUAAUCUCUGAAAAACACAUGUUUUGCUGUAUUUUUUUAAAUUAACAAGAAGUCUCUUCUUUUCUAUUCAGCCACUUUUGUAGAAGAAUUCCAAUUAAUACAGCUUAACAGCUUCAAAGCUGAGGUAGUUUUCAAUCCUGUGCUGACAAAUGUGUAUUUAUAUCUUCCGAUCUUGAGGGCUGUAUUCAUAAACUUGCUGUAUUAUGUGUUAGCCUGCUAAAGUUAUUAAAGUUGCCCAAAUAAAAAAAAAAAAAAGAAA